AUGAGUGUAGAUCCAUGGCGGACCUGGUUGGCCAUGCAGCCAUUGCUGCAUCCGGACCACGAGGAGACGAGGAGCAGCGAUCACAGGAGUAAGAACUACUAUGACAAGAAGAAGCACAGUGGCACGAAGAACAAAGACAACCAGAAGAAGGCCGUCAUGAAGAAGGACACUCCCUCAGCGGCGGACAUUUCAGCGGCAAAGGAGGCUGCAGCGGCUUGGUUGGCUCGGCGGUCGGCGAAGUCGGUGGCAAAGGAGGCUGCAGCGGCAUGGUUGGCUGGGCGGUCGGUAAAGUCCAAGUAG